UCAAAGAAUGGUGGUUUGCGGUCAUAUCGCAUAACCCGGUCGUCGACGCGCGGCUCCAUUACUGCCGACUCGGAGAACAGCAAUGAUAACAGUAAUACGGGUUCAGUCGUCGCAGUCUCGCAGCCAACGGCCCCCUCAGACACCACUCACGACCCGCAGGCGCAGACACCACAGCGCCGUACGCUCACUGCGUUGCCGCAGCUGCCGGUCCUUAAAGUGGAGUUACCGAAGAUCGGCAUAACCGCCGGCAAAGCGGGUGAUCAGCGCAAGAGAUCGGACGACAGCACCGGUACUACUGUGUCGGCCGACGACAACAAACACGCGGCCAAAGAUAGCGAUAAGAGCGAGACGACACCCGCGGCUACCGUUCCCCUUGAGGGCGAGGACUCACGGGCCAGUCCUGCGGUGCUGUUGGAUCCGGUGACGGGUCUGUUAGAGCCCGUGCCUCACAAGAAGGCCUUCGAGCACACGGCUGUCAUUCAGGCUAUUAAACCGCAACAACAUACCAGCGCUGCCACCAUUACAACCACCAGUCCAUUAAUAACAGGCACCACAGCUGGUGCUGUCUGUCAACCGUCUGUGAGCGCAGUGGCGACCAAUGCCACCACACAGCCCAUCGGCACAGGUGUCAUAACCACGCCCACAAUGGCGCCCAUACCCUCCGUCAUCACGAGCGCCUCCAUACAAGACAUACCGAACAUAUCGGAACGAAUACACGGGUCGACGACUGCUGUGAAACUCAAAACAGGAAAACCGUUUAAUUUGCCGGAAGUGAUCGACAAACAGCCGGUCAUUACCAGCGUUUCGACAGCGACUACCAGCCCAUCGGCCACUAUAGUGCCCAUUACGCCCACAACACCGGCCGCCAUAGUCACCACUCCUAAAGAUCACAUGACAUCGACUAUUACGUCGGCUCCCAUACCGCCGCACCCGCAGCCCAUCACUAUUACGCCGAAAUAUCCGCCGCCAGUGGGCCAGCCGUUGGCGCCCAUCGCCCAACCCAUGCCCAGUCAGUGGCCGCAGAACCUCGUGGCUCAGCAACAACAGCAACAGUCACGACAGUUCCCGGCGCCCACUCCUCACCCAUCGGUGUUGACUCAACACCAACACAGACCUCCCAUUCCAUCCAUAACCGGCUAUCACGAGUCCAAACAGCAGAAGCUGCCCAUCGAUAUAAUACCGGGACUACAGUCGACGCAAUCGGCUGUCCCUCAGCCACCGCCCGCCCACUCGAAGCUUACACUCGAGCCAAAGGCGGUGCCGUCGAUGCCUACGAGUGUAGUGACGAGUCAUUCGUCGGCCGACUCGCCGCUCAUAUCACCGCCCAUUCAGCACUCGAAACACGACUCCUCGUCCGCCCGGAGAGACUCACUGCCCGGUAAGCCUUCGGCCAAAUACGCAACGGCGCCGGGCAUACAGAUUGCCGGCUAUCCAACGCCAGCGCACGAGGCGAGCGCCGCUCACAUCCAGGCGUCCAGUAAUAGGGGUGUCAUUGAGGAGAUGCUCCAAAACAACGGACAUCUCCUGCAACAGCACCAGAAGGAACAGCUGUUGGCCUCCAUUCAUAGGGAACAACAGCGCGAACAGCACUCGAGGGAACGGUCGCUCACACCUGCCGGUCAUCACGAGUCGCAAGCGCUCAGGAGUGCCUCCCAGACGCCCACCUCAUCGGCCGAGGGCCUAAUACCGCCCCAUAUGGCGGGUCUACACCUGCGAGCGCCGCCGAGUCAGUCGCCGGCGCUCAUGGGUCUGAACGCCGCCCACUUAGGACUCAUGCCUAACGACUUACAGGCGCUGAUGAACGAACAGAUGCGUCAACAGAUGAACCAACAGAUGAGCCAACAGAUGAUGUUCAUGCAUAACAACCCCUACCAGGGCCUGCCCACCGACAUCCGGGCCCGACAGGAGGCUCAGGGCCUUGUGAGGGCGGCCAUGAAUAUGCCGCCUCGUUUCGUCUACCCGUCCACUAACUUCCAGAUGCCGUUGACGGGCGCCGACGCCAAAGAGCGCGAACGACAACAACAACAGGAAGAGAGGGAACGACAGACGAUGCGCGAGAAGGCUGUCGUUGUGUCGGCGCGAGACAAACAACAGAAGGACAGAGAGUCGGGUCGGGACUCCGUGUCCGCCCGUAUGUCCCAACAGGAAGAGGUGGACUUCAAGGCGUCCUAUCAAAGAGCGGCCGAAGCGGAGAUCAAACGUCAGGUCGAGAGCGCGCUGUCGGCGAUGCAACCGCCCCCUCCUCUCGCCCCACUUCGCAUACCUCCCGGCAUACCGUUCCCGCCGGGCAUUCGUCAGUUCGCGCCCCAUAUGCUGUCACCGCACGACCGCUACACCGACAGCCCGGCCAUCGUUCACGCCUACGCCCCGGGAAGGCCUCAAUCGUCCCAUCAGUUGCCGCCACAACUCAGGGCCGAAGAACUCAAACAACAGGAGGCGCUCAGGAGGUCGCCGGUAGUCAAGGGAAUGGACGACCGAAGCAAAUACCAGAGCCAACCCCCACCCGGAGUUGUGGCCGACUUCUCAGCCCUCCACCGCCAACAGCUGACCAGUCCAUCGCCGCACCAGUACUCCAUGCACUCGCCCGGAGGCGCCCUCUCCUACCGCAAGGAGACCACACGAUCACCAAUGCCUCCGCCGAGCGCCGACCCUAUGGACGCCCUCCGCAAACAAAUGAUGGCUCAAUACCAGUCCCAACAAAAUCAAGUCAAAGACAUGCAGCCAUCCCCCAGCGCUAUGGCACUCAAUAUCAGCCAACAGAUGGCCGCCGCCGGCGCUCACCUCCAACUCCCGCCCCAUAUGGCGGCUAACGAGGGUCUGAUGCGUCGGUCGGCCGUCGCCGGCAUGCAUCCCAUCCAGCAGUUGGGCUCUGAGCCGCCCAUUCACGGCCCACCCCCACCGGCGCACGCCAUCUCACAGCCUCCGCCCCAUCACCAGCAGUCGGGCCCACAGCACGCGACGGCCCCACAACACGGCGACUCAGCCCUACUGCAGAGGUAUCCGGUGAUGUGGCAGGGCUUGUUUGCCUUGAAAAACGACCAAGCUGCCGUACAAAUGCAUUACGUGUCGGGCAACUCGCGCAUAGCUCGCGACUCACUGCCCCCUCUCACCGAAGGAGGCGUCUCACCGCUCAAGAUCGCACAGAGAAUGCGUUUAGAGCCUCAACAGCUCGAGGGGUUGUCCCGUAAGAUACAGUCUCUCGAAGAGCAUUGUAUACUACUGGCCCUCCCGUGCGGUCGCGACCACAUGGAUGUCCUCCAGCAGUCCAAUAACCUGAAGACAGGGUUCAUAACAUACCUGCAGAGCAAACACGCGGCCGGUAUUGUCAACACCAACGCUCCGGGUUCUCAAGAGCCCGCGUAUGUCAUCCAUAUAUUCCCGACGUGUGAGUUCUCGCACGAGAACUUAGUGCGAAUAGCACCGGACCUAUUGCACAGUCUGCAGGAGAUCUCGCACCUACUGGUGGUGAUCGCCACUGUGUGAGAAACCACUUCCCACACCACCACCACAUUGACUAUUGACACACCGAUUGUGACAUUAAUUGUAAUAUAAAAACCAAUGAAAACCGACGACUCGACCACUCAAUUGACGACAUAUUAGCGAUUUAUGCGACACUGCCAUUUAAGGACAGGGAACUCAAUAUCACUUUAUGUAUAACCAUAACCGGGAAUUGCAUUCAUCAUCCAUACCUCAUCACCACAUAUACACAUUCAUAACCACAUUCAUAUCAUUGACCAUUGAUUACCAUUCAUUCAAAACUGAUCACUGCUUUCCUCAUUCUCAUUAUUCUUAUCAUUAAAUAUAUUAUAAGAUAUAAAUUGUUAUGAAAAUCUGUUUUAUUUGGGAACUCGUGUGUAGAAAGUGGUGUUCACUCCGCGAUUAACAUCAGCCGCACUGAACACUGGUAUCCAAAAUCAUACGGCGCUCGCGCGAGUGGUCACACACUCUAUACAUGUAUGAGUACAGAGAGGACUAAAUUAAUUGCUUAUAAGUAUAAAUAUAUUGUAAUCUUAUUUGUGAUUAAUAUUUAAAUUUAGAGGCGAUUAUGAUAUUAUAAAGACAUACAAAAAAGCGACAAAAAAUAAUUUUUUGAGACAAAUAUUAUAAUGUUAUGGAAAAAACUAAUUGAUUAUUAUUG